AUGUCCAUCUACCUUAUGGACUGGCCGAAAGAAGAUCCCUCCGACCGUUCAUAUGUUCUUUUCGACUCCUUUCACCGGGAUAGUUCCCUUACUUGUGCGUGGAAUGUUGAGCUUGUGUUCACCAUGCAUGUACUUUCAAACAUGGUCCCCCAUUUUUCCAACUGGGUCGUUGAAAUGACACAUAGUCCUGACUAUGUUCCGAUUCCAGUCCCCAAAGAUACCAAAUUCCCUUCGGAUUUCUUCACCAAAGUAAGCAUCUACGAAGAGAAAGCGAAGGGAAAGGGAAAGGCCUCCGUGGAUGACUCCUUCCCCAAAAAACCAGAUCCACACAACAAUGGUCUCUUUGGAUCUGGGGUAUUGGAACUCAGCUGGCACCAGGAGUGUCAGUAUUGGCGGACAACUCAGGAAGUUUUUCGCACGUGGAACAUGCAAUCGCAAACACAGCGAGACCAUGUUGCAUACCGCAAUUCAACAGACCGUCUUCACCGGGCGAUGGCUGUAUACCAGCCAAUCAAGAUUGCUGAGGGAAAGGGUUCAAAUACCCAUCGCCUCUCGUCCAAAUUCCGCAUCGCCAUGGUGCUCCUAUCCCGUCAUGAUACCAAAUGCCGUCGCCCCCUGAUGCAAGGCAAUGGUAUUACUCCAUUUCUAUACCUCUCACUUCUAAAUGCCCUCAAGCCUUGGACUGACGAAGAUCCCAGUGACUUCGACUUUCUCCAGGGCAUUGGUGAUGAGUCUGGGGAUGAAGUUGAUGAAGAAACUCAUUUGGGGGGCUACAAAGCAUGUCGACGAAUCCAUGCAGGUGACAUCCGAACUCUUCGUGAUGCAUUCAAGGACAUGGGCUGGGUCCACAGGGGGGACAAUCGCAAUGGCCCAAUGGACGAUAACCUCAUUAAUGCAUGGAAUGCAUUUGAAUCCGCACUCCGACGCCACUCAAUACUUUCAUCUCUCAACCAUGUCAUUAGCAGAGAGCAGAAGGACAUUGGCAAGACGACAAUCAAGGGUUCCCUGUAUGACGAUGACCUUGAUGUCAAAGAGUGGUUGCAAUCAUCUGGGUGGGAGUUCAGCCCAACGUUUUACAAAGGACCGCAACGGUCCACUAACUCCAAACCGCUCCCCGACUUCCUGAAAGGGAGUAAUGAUUUUAACACUGUGGUCAAAGCCAAUCGUGACACCGUGAUGAAGGAUCUGGAGGAGAAAGAGGAUGAAAUAAUUAUUAUUCCAGACCUCACCCAAGGGAUCGUAUUGAUGUUCGCGAACAUUAGUACGAUCUGGAGUUGA